UGUGGUGGUGGUGGGGGCUAGGGGGGAUGUGAAAGGAAUAGCAUCGAGGCCGAGGAAGCGGCAACAGAAGAGAGGAGCCUGUGCUUGUGGACUAAGAAUCAGAGCAGCCAGAAGUGUUGUGAAACCAGGAAGAGGGCUGCCGCCUGCUUUCACUCCCAGGUAAAUGUUUGACUGGAUGUUUGCCUCGUCUCUGAGUCUAGGUCUACAGAGCAAACUGGGGAGAAUAUGAGCUCAUGGGAAGCCAUCAUAGCUCCUGAGGAACGGAGAAGCCCCGGGACAGCAGCAUCCACCUACAGUGGUAGUCCUUCUUCAGCAAGAUGCUUGCUGCCAGCGCAAGGACCAGGCAGCUAAAUGUCACCUGUGACAACUUAGUGGACCGGGAGGUCUUCCUCCAUUACUCUCUCAUUCCAUCACUCUUCAUCAUUUUGGUCUUGUCUUUCUUCCAAAGACGAGAGCAUCGUAGACAAAGCGAUGACACCUCCUACCUCCUGGGGAACCGCUUUGGAAUCAUCAUGCCUCUGGACUUCGUGGGGACUUUUAGUAACCGAUGGUCCUAUGGAGUUGCCUUUGGGGCCACAGCCAAUAAGGUCAUGUUCUUGUUCUCAGAAGGCUACCAGCCCCUGAAGGUUCCACAGUGGGCCCAAGCCUUUGUGCUUCUCAUCGGAGGCAUGGAAGUCGGUCUCUCCUACUUCCCCUUCUUUGCCUGCCUGUCCUCAGAGUUCCAGCUGGUCAGCUCCAUCUUGGGCUUCGGGUACUCCCUGACCUGGUUUGUGGUUACUGUUCUUCAGAUCUUACAGUGUCCCCAUGGGCAGUUUCUAGGGAGGUUCGAGGCCCUCAUUUUCUACUGGCCCUCACUGUUGUGCCUGGGUUUCCUGCUGGGUCGUUUCCUGCACAUGUUCUUUAAGGCUCUGCCUGUUCACCUGGGCCUGGAGUCGCAGACAGAAGAAAAGUCGCUGCUGGAGGCCCACCAGGAAAAGCACGUGAAGCAGCUCUUGAGCAAGCCCCGCCCACAAGAAGGAGAAAAGUCUUGGUUUCAAACCAGGGUGUAUGAGUGGGACCCGUGCUUCCAGUUCCCCAGCAGGAUGAUUGGCACCCUCGUGCUGGCGUUCAUCUGCCUCUACCUCUUCAUCGUCAUUGAGUUUUGUGUGUUUCUACAUGUGAGGGACGAGCUGGAUGUGUUUGAAGACAAGCUGCAGAGCUACCUCACCCACAUGAACGAGACAGGGACCCUGACCCCAGUCAUCCUACAGGUGAAAGAACUGAUCAGCGUCACUAAAGGAGUGUGGGUGGCGACCAUUUUGCCUGCUGCCCUCACGUGUGUCACCUAUCUCUUCCACAUUUUGGCCUGUUACAGAAAGCAUAUGAAGAGGCUAUGGGCUGGAGACAAAUACUUCCUUCCUCAGAAGUUCCACAGUCCCUCUUCUGCAGCGAGUGUGGUGGCCAUUGCAAGGUACUCUGGCUGGCAAAUAGCCUACAUCCUCUGGGGCUACCUUAUCAUCCAUGUGGUACAGAGCCUCUGUGGCAUGAUGCUCAUGUAUGGCCUGGUGCUGCCCAUCAUCCACCACCAAGGCCUGGAGAUGCUGCGAGGACUUGGCCUUGGGGUCCUCACCCUAUCCAUAGCUGUGGGCCUUAUAAUUCUACAAGUGUGGAUUGCUGGCACGUUCUUCCUGCAGCCCAAGCUGGGCCCAGCUGACAAGCAGAAGCCCCUGGCUCUCAACAACAGGAAAGCCUUCCACAACUUCAACUACUUCCUGUUCUUCUACAACGUGCUGCUGGGCCUGGGUGCCUGCCUCUCCAGGCUGCUCAUCAGCUGCCUCCUGGGCACAUGGCUGAUUGCACGCAUCGACAGGACCAUCAUGCAAAGUGGCUAUGAGGGUGCAGACAUGGGCUUCGGUGCAUGGAUCGGGAUGCUCUUUGUGGACCAUUACCACACCAACCCUGUGCUGGUCAGCUUUUGCCACGUUCUGAUCACAAGCCACAAGGAUGGAAAGCUGCAGAAGACUGCAAAACACGGGUGCCCGAACCAGUCCGCAGGUCCCCGAUUCUCCGCCAGGGCCAGAACGAGGUGGUUCCUGCUGCAGACGCUGAUCAACAACCCCAGGCUCGCCAUGCUUAGAAAAUCAAAAUCAGGCCAUAGUUUCAGAGAGUUCACACAGAUUCUGCUGACCUGCUCAGAUUGCUGACUGGGCCACCAGCUUCAGCUCCGAGGCCAGGCCAUCAUCCCCUUUCACAAGGGACUCAGGCUAACUAGCAGCCAUUCCCUACCAUGGGACAGGAUGACAUGGGCACUGUUCAUGCACAUGAUAGACAGCACUGAUCACUUGUGCGAUGGCCAUGUAGACCAAUGGUUUAAGCCUAGAACGCUCUCAGUCCCUUGGCAAAAGAGAAAAGCAGUAUAAAAAGCAAUGUCUGUGGAGUGAAUUUCGCCUCAGUGACCUCCACUAUUUGUGGGAAGGCUGCCAUGGGGUCACCUGCUAAGAAGCAUGAAAGAGAGGCUGGAUAAAUGAGACGGCUUGGGUCGAGUGAAUUUGCAGGGUACUCGGGUUUGGUUCCCAGCAUCCACGUUGGGCAGCUCACAAGUGUCCGUAACUCUAGCUCUAUGGGAUCUGACCCAUUUCUGGCCUCUUCAGGCACCUGCACAAAUGUGGCAGACACAUAUACGCUUAAGUAAAAAUAAUUAAAAAAAAAACAACGAAUCUUUAAAACAUU